UUCCAACACAACAAACGCCGCGAUACAGUCGCGUUACCGUGGCUUGUUUGAUACACGCGUACUAAACAACAGUUAACUUUAACAGUGACCUAAUUACAUUGUGGUUUAGCUAACAAACAUUGAAUAACCCGUUGUUUGUAUUUGUGACUUUUAAGUAAUCUAAAAUGUGAAAUUAAGGCCUCAAUUCAUAUUGCAACGUAGUGACUCAGUGUUGUAAAGUUUUAAGUGUUUACAUUAUCUGUGUGUAUUGGAAUAUUUGCGAUCGUUGGAUUCAUGUCAAAAUAGACAGACACAAACUGCAGAUAUGUUACAUGGAUUGUAGUAAUGAGAGAAGAUUCAGCAUUUCAGUAAAACUGAUUGGUUUUUAAUCAAAAUGAUUGGCUAUCAGCAUUCACGGCUGUUAGCAGCGGUGAUUGGAGCUCUAAUAAUACACUCAAGUGUUAUGGCAUAUGGCGAUGGAGAUAUUCAACAAAACAAGGGUCCAGUUAUAAUAUCAUCUGAAAAAGAACUAAUUUUACAAAAAGGACAAAACUAUACUAUAAUAUGUAGAGCUAAUACUCCGGUGCAGAUUAAACAACAAGAGAUAUCUGAAGACGUUAUAAGUUUAUUUAACAUGACUCAAAGAAAUAUGCCAUCGUCUGAUCCGAUGUAUCUCUAUGAAACUGCAUUAGAUUUGACUAACGUUGACCAACUUGCUGUUGGUUAUUACGCUUGUUUUGAUAACACGACAAAAAAUGAUAGCGAAAUAUUAAACAAUUUCGUUGAGGAACCAAAAGAUAAUGAACACGUCUCGUAUAUUUACAUUUACGUGAAUGGAACUGAUAAUAUAUUUGCACCUAUGAGGGAAGUAGUAAUAUCUAGAGGUGGUUUAAAAGUUGCUAUUGAAUGUAGACCUACUACACCCGAUGUUGAGGUGUCUUUGCAUUUGCUGCAGAGUAACCAGACACCAGAAAUCUUAAUGUAUUCAUCAAAAAUUGGAUUUUUAAUGAAAUUGAAAGAUUUGAAAGAGACCGCUUAUAAAUGCAUUGGACCGCAGGGAAAUUGGAAACUUAUACGUAAUACCAUAAACGUUGAAACGCCUCCGCCAAAAAUUGUGAGCAACUCGCUGUAUUUCCUCGAAGGUGAAACUUUUUCACUUAACUGUACGACAACUUAUCAAUCGAACUCCCCUGUCGAAUUGACCUGGAACAUACCACGGCCGUUUUCAAAGGGUAAUAUUCUCAACGACACAAAUGAAAGAGAAGCGACUGGAGGCAUCUUAUACAAGAAGAUUAUAAUAGUGAACGCCACUGCCGAGGAUGAGGGGACAUACACUUGUACAUCUAAGACCACUAGCGGAGUACGAAGUGAAUCGAAGAAAAAGAUAUAUAGAGGAACCAAUGGAUUUAUUAGCCUAAAAAGGGGAAAUCCUAUUAAUCCAAUAGAAACAUUUCAAGGUAUGAUGAAGUUAAAAGCCAAUGUGAACGCCCAUCCUCCUGCAAACUUUUCCGUAGUUCGAGACGGGUACAAUGUGCACAUAGAUUCCAGAAAGUAUUUCCUCAAAGUUGAUCGAGGAAGCGUGAUUUUGGACAUCACCUCUCUUAACAUCAAUGAUACAGGGAAUUACACAAUCAUCGCAAAAAAUGACUACGUCACAACAAACGUCACUUUUGACUUGAGAGUUAAAGCUGCACCAAUAAUUGACUUUGGACUUGUUAAUGUUGAUAAGAAAGUUUUAAUGAAUACGAUUGCGUCUCUGGAAUGCCGCGCUAUUGGAUAUCCCCAACCAAUUAUCGACUGGGUGUUUACAAAUGAACGAGGCCAGGAAAAGGCUUUAUCGGCAGAAAGUAGAUCAGAUUCAAUAAUAAAAACAACAUCUAUCUUGAAAAUCCCAGCUCGGACAUCGGGAACAAUAACUUGCCACGCUCACAACAGUGUGAAUAGAACUUCUUUGUCUAGAAGAUUCCUGAUAUAUGAAGUUCCUGAUGGAUUUGGACUAGAUUCGCAGAAAUCUUGGUUUUCUGAAGGUGAUAGGGUUCUUGUACAAUGUUACGCCUCCAAGUAUGACUUUACAAAUGUGACGUGGAUUGAUGAUGAAGGUGAACUGCUGGAAGAUAACAUAAUCCAACGAGAAACAGCCUUUUCAUACAUCGCUCAAUUAAUAUUCGAUGGCAUAACUUUGGAUCAAGCUGGUAAUUAUACUUGUAUUGGUGAACAAGACGACGUUGAGCGAGAAAGUUAUACGAUCACAAUAAGUGUUGAAGCUCGACGGCUUCCCGUUAUUAAUUUGCCUGUAUUAAAUGAGGAGGAUUUGGAAGUGAAUCCAUAUCAACCAAUACAGCUGACAUGCCAAGCAGACGCCGUCCCACCACCGACCAUUACUUGGUUAAGGGAUGGUGUGCUUAUACAAAAUAGCAGCCAGUUUGAAAUUGUAACAGAUUAUCUUAAUCUGACUACAGUUAACUCCACAAUAACUAUUGAACAUAUGAUGGAUGAAAAUAAGGGAAAAUACGAGUGUAUUAUCCAAAGCGGCGACGAAACACAAAGUAAAUUUUAUAAUCUCUUAAUAAAAGAGAAAUCUACUUUCAAAGCGGCUUAUUUGGGUAUAAUCGGAGUUAUUGUAUUCGUGCUGCUUUUAUUAGUCGUCUAUUUAGCUUGGAAAAUUAGGAAAGAAAAGCAAUUUAGAAAAGAAUUAGCGGCUGCUGGUUUGUUGUACUUUAAAGAAGGCGUUCCAAGGUCAAUAAAUCCCGACCUUGGAAUCGACGAACAAGCUGAGUUGCUGCCCUAUGAUGACAGAUAUGAAUUCCCAGCAGAUAAACUUGUUUUAGGAAAACAACUCGGUGCUGGUGCCUUUGGAGUGGUAUACAAAGCUGAAGCCAGGGGCAUCAUUAAUGCUGAAGAAACAACGACGGUAGCUGUUAAAAUGGUCAAGAAGACAGCUGAUAAUAUGUACAUCAAAGCUUUGGCUUCCGAAUUGAAGAUAAUGGUGCACCUUGGGAAGCAUAUUAACAUUGUCAACUUACUUGGCGCCUGCACUAAGAAUGUAGGGAAACGUGAACUGGUUGUUAUCGUUGAGUACUGUCAAUUCGGAAACAUACACAACUAUAUGAUGCGGCAUCGGGAAGUCUUCAUUGAUCAGUUGACUGAUAAUAAAGAGAAAAAUCUUGGCAAAGUUAAUAAGGCGUUCUCUUACAGUACAGGAAGCACUGGGAUGCAAUCGGAUUAUUUCGGUUCAAACCAGACACAAGAAACGGAUAACACCUUCAUCAAUUCUGCUAACACAAACCGAUCUGUGAGAAAAGAAAAUGCGACACAAACUCAGCAGUUGGAAUUUGGUAAAGUGUCGGAAGCGGGCUACAUUCAACCGGAAUGGAGAUCGAACUAUGAAUGUGACUACAGCUACGAUGGACUGACACCCCGUCCGCUCACCUCCAGGGAUCUAUUGGCCUGGGGCUUCCAGAUAGCCAGGGGAAUGGAGUAUUUAGCCAGCAGAAAGGUCUUGCACGGCGAUUUGGCUGCCAGAAAUGUGUUGUUAGCUGAUGAUAACAUUGUUAAAAUUUGUGACUUCGGCUUAGCACGAAGCAUCUAUAAGAAUGACGAAUACCAGAAAAAGGAAAAUAGUCCACUCCCAGUAAAAUGGCUAGCGGUCGAAUGUAUGACAGAUCGCAUAUUUUCUACACAGUCGGAUGUCUGGUCGUUUGGCAUAGUCUUGUGGGAGCUGUUCUCCCUUGCCAAAACACCUUAUCCGAACAUCAGUCCAUCUCACCUACUGAAAUGGCUAUCUGAAGGGAACCGCUUAGAGAAGCCAACAUAUGCUGAUGACCGCCUAUACGACGUGAUGCGACGGUGCUGGGAGCAGAAGCCCACAGUCAGGCCGACCUUCUCUCAGCUACAAGAAAUACUUGGUUCUUUCCUCGAAGAUAAUGUGCGAAAUCAUUACGUUGAUUUGAAUUCGUCUUACAUGGAUACCAAUCUCCGGGUGGAAGGUCAAGAGGACUACCUGGCCAUGGUGACGGCUCCGGACUACAACAACAUUGUGACUCCCAGUCCAUGCCACUACGUCAAUGAGUCCACAAGCUUCUUUCCACCCACAACUCCUAUGCAACUGCAGCAUGACGACGAGGGAUACCUACAGAUGAGUCCAGCGAACAAGAAUUCAUUCAAUCCACGUGUUCAAAGCACUAAAUUCGAUUUCGACGCUCGUAAAUUGAACCCCAGGCCAACUGAGGCAAUGGCUAACACUCACGGUACUGAAUUAACGCCCAUGUUAACUCUUAACAAUCUGCCAGCUCGGAGUGGCUCGGAAUCUGAUCAAGACACUAACUCAUCCUCCUAUCUGAAGAUGUGCCCUCGGAUCGAAGAAGAAUCAGAUGAAGUAUUCGUUACUAAAGACUAUAAUAAUAAAAAUAGUAAGAAUAGUGCCGUAUCUAAUCCAAGCUACAUUACCUUUGACGUGGAGAAGAAACCUAACAAUCUCUCCAAUAAUUACAUUAAUAUAAGUGUACCCAAUGGUCUAGUCAAGUAAUUUUAUGUAUUAUGUAUUAUUGAGGAUUGGUCUCUGAAUUACUGUAACCUAUAUCAUAGUAUUGUAUCAAAUUCGCCUGAUGAAUUUGAUUUCUUUAUGAUAUAUUGAAUACAAAAUCUCAUUACUUCUAACGUACGUGUAAGUUAUUAAGUAUAUUAUAUUACAAGACAGAUGUGAUGUAUAUGAAGCCUGUUAUUAACAGCUUUUACAUAUUGCCUUUAACAUAUUUAACAUGUCGGAGGCUUCUUUCUACUAUAUGCUUGCUAGCUUUGUACCAUAGCUGUGUCCUUUUCUACCGUUAAUUAGUACAAGUAUUAUUGUUUCAAAUUUAAUUUGUACCAAUAUUUAUGGACGAUGUGGGGUUCUCUGAUUUUGUACGAGCGCUCUUACCAACUGAGUCAAUCGUCCAGUGACGCAUCGAACGUAAAUCUUGGUAUGUCUUGUUCAACUGUCAGGUUGUGGUAAGUAGCGCUAGACGGAACGGACGAGAGGCAUGGGUUUGAGUCCCGCAUUGUUUAUAAAUUUUUAUAUUUAAUCCCAGAAGAGAUUUUACUGCUUAGAAUAUUGUUUCGGUUUGAGGAUGACGUAGAUAGUGAAAUAAUUGAGCUAAUGAGACUAAACAUCUUUGGUAUUAUUACAAAAAAAAAUUGGCUUAGACACGUGUUUUGUUAAACAGUGUCCAACUAUUUAAGCGACGUCUAAAGAUUGACGCUAAACAAUAAACAGAAAUACACGGAUUUGUAAUACAACUUUUUUUAAACAAGUGUUUAACAUGUGUUUAACUUUUUUGUAAUAAUACCGCUUAUGUUUGACGAAUGCAAUUGAGAUACCAUUCAGAACUUAGGUGAACGUCUUGCUCAUCUAGUAACUUCUUCUCAUAAAUUGUGAUAUCUUGCCUCGUUUGGUUUUAUUUAA